CCCCGGAAGAUUCUUUGCCUCGCUCGAACUGAAAGCGGUCCUUGCGACCUUGGUUCUCGGGUACGAUGUCAAAUGGGCAGGUGACGUCGCCAAAGAUAAUGGUCACGGGAGUGGGUACGAGCCGAAGGAAAUCUGGUUUGGCGAGAAUCUCUUACCAGAUAUGAAAGCUCGUAUCAAGAUUCGGAAGCGUGUCUAA